AUGAAGGUUGUGGCUCUGGAUGCUGGUGGAGCCACGCUGAAAGCGUCUGUAGUUGUUCCUGGCGUGACUCCCACCGUCUCAAUCCUUGCAAACCACGUGGCAUCGACGUCAGUAAACCCUUCUACAAUAUUGAUGGGUCAAAAACUACAAGAGCUCGAGCGUUUACGGUCGAAAUUACGAUAUUUAAGACCAGUGCAGCGCGGUUAUUGCGUCAAUUGGAACAUUGAGUCCGAGUUAUGGGCGUACUUGAUGAACGAGAUGCUUCAGGUUGAUCCAUCCGAGUACGCUCUGGUGGUAACGUCUCCACUUUUAUCGCCUGCAAUAUGCAGCCGAGAGUUGCGUACUUUCAUACUCUGCACAUUGCAAAAAUUAGUGGAUCCACCUCUACAACCACCGCUAGUAGACGAUGAUCCACUUCGAUUUUCCACAUCAUCAUGUCAUCUUGUCGUGGACUCUGGAUUUUCAUUCACACACGUGAUUCCAGUGAUAAAUGGAAAGGUGUAUUUGCCAGAGAUUGUAUCUUACCGUCAAUGGAAUGUUAUGGAUGACACGUCAGUGAUUAAUGAGCUAAAAGAAGCACUGUGUUACUGCUCACUACACUUUAAAAAUGACCUUGAUCGCUAUCAUUUCGAUCGAAAUAUGCGGAAGCAUUGGAUUCUGCCAGAUUUCUAUACUGAGAGACAAGAUAUUGGUAUUUCUCAAGCUGGGAUCGCUGAAACAAUCGUGCAAGCCGUUGAGGCGUGUCCCGAUGAGCUCUCAAGUGCGUUGUACGCUAAUAUUUUACUUGUUGGAGGAAAUACAAAGUUUGGCAAUUUUCGACAACGACUUGAACAAGAUUUGAGACCGCUAGUGCCUGAUGAUUUUGAUAUUGAAGUGCAUGAAUCAUCUGACCCAAUACUUGCUGCCUGGCAAGGUUGCUGUUCUAUAGCUGAGUCAGACGCUUUGUCAACACGGAUUGUAUCCAAGAAAGAGUAUGAUGAACACGGCAGCAAUAUUUGCUUAAAGAAAUUUCAACAGGGUUUACAAGCAUUAAGUGACGUCUCACAGAUCUAG